UCCAACCGUUGGAUCUCCCUUUUCCCUCCAAAGAAAGAUCAGAUCAAAUAUCAACCGUUGGAUCAUGUUCUCUCUCUGUUUCUUUCUUUUCUUUCCCCAGAAAACAGAGGAAGAAGAAAGAAACAGAGACAAGACCAAAGAAGAUCGCGAGACCUCACGUUUACAAUGGCGGAUCUAAAGAACCUCUUCCUCCUCACGAAACACCCGUCAACGACUCAGAUCCUCCUAAUGUCUCUCUUCUUCAUCUCUCUCUUCCUCCUCUCCUCUUCCCCUCUCCCAGACUUCUCCCACUCGCUCAUCGUCUCCACCUUCACCUCUCGCCUCCUCACCGCCGCAAACUUCUUCUCCUCCUCGAGUGCUUCCGACUCAAACACUAUCUACUCCGUUUCUCCUUCAAGUAUCCGAGUCAACAACGAGUCCAAGAAGAUGGAUAAAGAACUCACUUCUUGCGACAUAUUCGACGGAGCUUGGGUCUCCGACGACUCCGACCCCGUCUACCUUCCUGGUUACUGUCCUUACGUCGAAGACAAGUUCAACUGCUUCAAAAACGGCAGACCCGACUCGGGUUUCCUCCGUCACCGAUGGCAACCUCACGGAUGCUCUGUUCCAAGAUUCGAUGGUGAGAAGAUGCUGAAGAUUCUGAGAGGGAAGAGGCUUGUCUUCGUUGGAGACUCUUUAAACAGAAACAUGUGGGAGUCUUUGGUUUGUUUACUUAGGUCAACUCUGGAAGACAAGAACAAACUCUCUAGGGUUUUUGGAAAACAGAGUAAUCUCCACAACGAAGGCUUCUACGGUUUCAGAUUCAGAGACUUUGAAUGCUCUAUAGACUUCAUCAAGUCACCGUUCCUAGUUCAAGAAUCAGAGGUUUUAGAUGCGUACGGGAAGAGAAAAGAGACGCUGAGGCUUGACGUGAUCCAAGAACCGAUCACGAAGAUAUAUAGAAACGCAGAUAUUGUUGUGUUCAACACUGGUCAUUGGUGGACUCACCAGAAAACCAAUGAAGGGAAAGAUUACUUCCAGGAGGGGGAUAGAGUUUAUGAGAAGUUAGAAGUGAAAGAAGCGUACACGAAAGCUCUUCGUACUUGGGCUGAUUGGGUUGAUUCUAAUAUCAACAGCACUAGAACCAGAGUCUUCUUCGUUGGUUACUCCUCUUCUCAUUUUAGAAAAGGGGCAUGGAACGCAGGAGGGCAAUGCGAUGGAGAAACAAGACCGAUAGAGAACGAGACGUAUACAGGAGGGUAUCCAUGGAUGAUGAAAGUGGUGGAGUCAGUGAUCUCGGACAUGAAAACGCCUGUGUUUUACAUGAACAUCACGAAGAUGACUUGGUAUCGAACCGAUGGUCACCCUUCGGUUUACAGACAGCCUGUGGAGGUAAGAGGAAGUUCUCCUGCAAGUGGAAUGUUUCAAGAUUGCAGCCACUGGUGCCUACCUGGAGUUCCCGACUCAUGGAACCAGCUUCUGUAUGCUACUCUGCUAGUCUCACGUGGUUCCUUGCCUUACAAGUCUCUUGGAAGUCUCUUGUGACUUGUGAGAGUGUUUCUUGACUUUCUUUCUUUUUGAUUAGCUACUCGUUUGUUGAUCUUUGCAAGCUUUACUUACUUUUUUUUGUAACACAGAAAAAUA